CUUGACCAUCCUGGGCAAGCAGGAGGACUUGGCCCGGGUGGUGGUUCUGGUUGUUUGUCUUUUUUUUUUCUUUGUGGUUCUUGCUCUCUGCACACCCACCACUGAGCUGGCAUGCUCGCCGGAGCAAGUGGCUUUCGCCGGCCCGGGCGCCCACUGGAUGCUUUUCUAUGUAGAUGGCUGCUGUGGAGUUUCCCACGUCCUGCAUUGUCUCAGCUGCGUGGCCGCGAGUUGUCUGCCUUGGAAGCCACAGGCCAAAAAGAUUGGACGACGAGUUGCCGGAACACUGCUCAGAAUAACUCAAAGGAGGGGCUGGUGCAGAGAGUGGGGCACAGUUGUCUGCAUUGCCAAGUCUUUUUUGGUUGGGAACCGCCCUCCACUCGCGAGUUUCAAAGCCUGCCUGCAUCCACGCUUCCGAACCACGACAGAACACCUGUUUCUGGGCCCGCAGUCGGUGAUGUGGACAAGAGAGUCUCUGCAUGCUGCAGAGCCAGCGGGCACGGAAGUCGCGUCGGCCAGCACACCUUUGGACAACACACGCGUCAUUCUCGCGGUACGUUCGUUGCGCCUGGACAGGGUUGGCCAGACUCAUUUUCUGCCGCCCGGCUCUCUGCUCGCUGCUUGCCUGCCUGCCUGCUCCUCCCUGACCUUCUUCUUCUGGCGUGUGUGAGUGGGGGCAGCCACAGGUUUUGCGAUCUUGAUGCUUGGAGUGUGCAUAAGCAUUCCUUGUUGGUGCGAGACCACGCCGGCACGCGCAUAACCUGUCUGUGGGCAUUAUUGUCUUCUGGACGCUUCCUCCAGCAAUGGGUCUCACGCGGUCAUCGAUCUUGGCACGGAGCGGGGCAGCGUCUGAAAGCACUAAAACACUCGAGGCAGAUGUCGGAGCAUCUUGUCAGCUCCUGCAUGGCGAUCCCCGGCACAUGCCCGGCUGUCACGAUCCCUGGACAGCAUCCCAAGGGCCAUGUUCGUGCCCAUGGCAAUUCCAGAUCAGGACAAGUACGUGCAUAUCCAAGAGCCAGGGACAGGCCGAGAGGGUCAGAUGGAGUCUCUAGCCGGAAUCUGAGGCAACUCGCAUCUCAGACGGAAGAAAAACCCCAGGAUCUGUGGCUUCGGCACUUGGUGACGAUGGGGCGGUGUGGCUUCGUGCGGACCGCUAUGAUGUGUAAGAGCGGGCUGCAACGCACAGUCCCCUGACUGUUUCUUUUCUGAUCGACCCGGGCCUAGAAUGCGCGUUCAAGCUGUGGAAACUGGCCGCAGUCGUGUUCGAGGCUAGAAAAAGGAAGUAGCAGCACAGUCCUCAUUCAACUACUCUCUCGUCCUGCUCAGUUCAGUGUUGCUGAAGUCCAUGCCUGGAUAUCAGCAAGUAUUUCAAGUUUUAUGUAAUAGAUGUGCAAGCCACUCGAGUUGUCUGUUCCAGGGUGGCUUCCAAGCUUCGAAGAUUGCGUGCUUGUGGCUGUGCUUCAGCUACAGACGUGUUAUGUCUCGAACCUG